GGCUUCUGCCUUCCAUUAUCCGACCCUUUGCCAGUCGUCAGCAAGGCCUUUCCAGGUCAGCGCCAGUGGAUUCUACCUUGAUGAUGGAUGGAUGGAUGGACAAAUGACCGAAUGACUGCUUUUUGGACAGUACUUGAUGCUACAUCCGUUGUACAAUUCCCUUGUGCACGCACAGGUAAAUAUGGGCAUGUCAUGUCACCCGCUCCCUUCAACAACACCUCCUACCACCAGCCAUUCCCCGUCUCUACCACAUCUCGUCUCCUUUGUUCUCUCUUCCUCUUUCUUGCUUCCUCUUUCUGCCUGACUACUAGUACAUCAUUGGUGCUGCGCCGUGCUUUCCCUCGAUCUUGGUCUCGUGUCCACCAUGCCACUGCCGUCUCUUCUUUCCUCCAAACCUCCCCAUCUGCAAAAGGCAGAGGAAUAUCACGACCCGCUUCCCCAGGGCGAGCCAUGUUCCAUUACUGUGCCAGGAUCCGACAAGCCCGGUCGUACGCCCGUAUAUCGACACCAUAAAUGUCGCGAUGGCCUCCUCCAAACCCUCGACCCCUCCGUCCGCACCGGCCACGAUAUGUUCGAGUCGGCCGCGCAAAGAUAUCCCCAUGCGCCGUGCCUAGGAUACCGCCCCUAUGAUUCGGCCAAGAAGACGUUUGGUCCUUUUGAAUGGUUAGACUACGAAACAGUACAAAAGAGACGAGCAGACUUUGGUGUUGGGAUUGUCGAGUUACACGCAAGAGAGGGCAUCACCGGGACUGGUUAUGGUGUCGGUCUGUGGUGUCAAAACCGACCGGAAUGGCAGUUGACCGACCUGGCCUGCAUGUCCCAGUCAUUGUUCUCCGUUUCGCUCUACGACACUCUCGGUCCCGAAACCUCUGAAUACAUUAUCCGGCACGCCAACCUUGCCUGCGUCGUGUGUUCUUUGCCGCACGUGCCCACUCUGCUCAAGCUGAAGCCACGGCUGCCGAACCUCAAGAUCAUCAUUGUGUUGGAUCCGCUUGGAACCACAGCCCCCAAUGAGAAACCGGAGCUGUCGAAACAAGCCCUGCUCGAUUCGCUGGCCGCGGAUGUCGGGCUCAAGAUCUUUUCGCUGGAGACGGUGGAAAAGUUGGGCGAGUCGUUGAAAAGACCAUACACUCCGCCGAGACCAUCAGACCCCAUAACCAUCAAUUAUACGUCUGGCACGACGGGCCCUCCUAAAGGGGUUGUCUUGACCCAUGCCAUGGCCGUGGCGGCCACAUCUUCCUCUCUCUGUUCAUCCAAGCUCGACCAGUCCGGAGUCGGCCUCAGCUACCUGCCCCUAGCGCAUAUCUACGGCCGACUCCUCGAACACACAUCUCUUUGGGCAGGUGCUCGACUAGGUUAUUUCCACGGCAACGUGCUCGAGCUUGUGGAUGACUUGAAACUGCUUCGUCCGACGAUUUUCGCAUCGGUGCCCAGACUAUUCAACCGAUUUGGCGGCGCCAUCAAGGCCCAGACAGUCGAACAACCCGGUUUCAAGGGGGCACUGAGCAGACACAUUGUGCGGACGAAACUGGCCAAUGCCGCCGAACCGUCGCCCAAAUCCAAGUCGUCGCACAACCCAACACAAUAUCACGCUAUCUACGACCGCAUCUGGGGCCGCAAGGUCGCCGCGGCUCUGGGACUUGACCGCGCAAAGACGAUGGUGUCCGGAUCGGCGCCGUUGGAUCCAUCUCUGCAACAGUUUUUGCGCGUGGUCUUUUCGACCCGCUUCAUCCAGGGUUACGGGCUGACGGAAACAUAUGCUGUUGCUUUGGCUCAACCUCCCGGUGACUUUUCCGUUGGCAACUGCGGCGGCGUAAUGCCGUGUCAGGAAGCAUGUUUACUGAGUGUGCCGGACAUGGACUACACCGUGGACGACAAGCCUUACCCGCGUGGUGAACUGUUGCUGCGCGGCGAGUCCGUGUUCAAGGGAUACUACAAGAACGACGAGGAGACGGCCAAAGCUUUUACGGAGGACGGCUGGUUCAAGACGGGCGACAUUUGUACAGUGGACGAACUAGGUCGGUUUACUAUCAUUGACCGCCGCAAGAACGUCCUCAAGCUCGCUCAGGGCGAAUAUAUCUCGCCCGAACGCAUCGAGGGCGUCUAUCUGUCUUCGUGCAGUUAUCUCGCCCAGGCGUUUGUGCACGGCGACAGCGUGCAGACGUUUUUGGUCGGCAUCUUUGGAGUGCAGCCCGACACGUUUGCACCCUUUGCGUCAAAAGUGUUGGGCAGGGAUAUUUCGCCGACCGAUCUGGAGGCUAUCAAGGCCGCCUGUGAAGAACCGAAGGUCAAGCAGGCCGUGCUUAAGGAUCUUGACCGUGCAGGUCGACGGAAGAAGUUUGCUGGAUAUGAGAGAGUGCGCAACAUUCAGUUGGCCCUCGAGCCGUUUAGUGUUGAAAACGACCUGUUGACUCCGACGCUCAAGUUGAAGAGACCUGUUGCGGCGAAGAGGUACCGUGAUGUUUUGGAUCGGUUAUACGCUGAAGCGUUGGAGGAAGAGAAGAGGACUGGUGGUGCUAAGGCGAAGUUGUAGGGCUUUGGUUGCAAUCAACUUUGUUGGCAUUCAAGUUCAGAUUUCAGAUGCAUCGGCCCGCAUGAUACUCCUAGAACUAGAACUAGAUUCUGCAUACUGGAACAUUGGGCACUGAACACUGCAUACUCGACAAUAGUAGUAGUACUUGGUGUAUAUGUUAGGUAGGCACUGUGACUACAGGUAGGUAGACAGAUACAAGAGAAGAGAAAAGAUGAGACCUCAGCACCUUUAUGUAUUGUGGCACCAUCUAUUCCAACGCACCGCAGGGCAGGUGCAGGCCAAAAAAGAUAAAACGAAAGCACCAUUCGGAGGACAA